AUGUGCAUAUACGACGAGUAUAUGUGGGAUUUCUGCUUAAAACGGAUCAUCACUCGAGGCCGAGAGUUUAGUUGCCACAAGUCCAAGCAAGAUGCAGCUACAGUGGAUCAUCUUCUGCUGCUUUUGGCUUAUCGGGAUAUUUUUGCCGCCACCACCACCACCACCGUAACGACUACAACUAGCAGAACCACAACGAGCAGAACCACCAUCCCUACUACGAGUAGCAGCACUUUCACCAGCUCAGUAGCCAACUUUCCCAUCGAAAGAGAAUGCGGCACGUGUCGCUGUGGCCUGAUCAACACACUCCAUAAGAUCGUGGGGGGACAGGAGACGCGGAUCCAUCAGUAUCCAUGGAUGGCCGUCGUGCUGAUCCAUGAACGCUUCUACUGUGCGGGAUCCCUGAUCAAUGAUCUGUACGUGCUAACAGCAGCCCAUUGUGUGGAGGGAGUGCCCGUGGAGCUGCUCUCCCUGCGCUUACUCGAACACAAUCGCAGUCAUCCGAACGUGGAUCUUCUGGUUCAGAGAUCUGUCUCGCAGGUCAGGGUCCAUGAGCUGUACAAUUCGCGCACUUUCGACCAUGAUAUCGCCCUGCUGCGUCUCAAUGAACCCGUGGAUGUGGUGGGCCUACACCUGAGACCCAUUUGCCUACCCCUCAAGGGCCACAGCUUUGAUCACGAGCUGGCCAUUGUCACGGGUUGGGGGGCACAGACAGAGGCAGGAUUUGCCAGUGAAACGUUGCAGGAGGUGGAUGUACUUGUAAUCCCACAAAGCGAUUGCCGCAACGCCACUGCGUACAAACCCGGACAGAUCACGGACAAUAUGCUCUGUGCCGGACAGCUGGACGAGGGCGGGAAGGAUGCCUGCGGCGGCGAUAGCGGCGGACCCCUUCAGGUGACCUUCGCCCAGAUGCCGGGCCAGUAUCAGCUAGCGGGUAUCGUGUCCUGGGGCGUGGGCUGUGCCCGACCCAAUACACCCGGCGUCUACACCAGAGUCGGUCAGUAUCUACGCUGGCUAAGUGCGAACACUCCCGGGGCCUGUCACUGUACACCCUAUACCGAGGAGUAUUACUAACAGUACUAACUGUUGUGGCAGCAUCAAAAGUUUGGCAAAUGUUGCACAAAGUACUUGGAGGAAACAUCCAUAUCCAUAACCAUAUCUGGAGUGGCAUUCCCCAAAGCUAUU